UUAGCGGUGUAAAGACAAUUUGAAAUUUUUACGAAAAUGAAACUCUUUGUUGCCGCCUCUUUCGCGCUUUUGGCUCUCGUCGCAGCUGAUGUUUCUCACCUCGGUGCUGGUGGUUACAGUUAUCCUGCUCCUGCUCCUAUUCAUGAAGCUGUACGCUCUCAACCGAUUGUUCCUCAGAACACUUACAUCCCACCUGCACCACCAGCUCCGGCUCCAGCUCAAGGCUAUAGCUACCCAGCUCCAGCACCAAUUCACGAAGCUGUUCAAUCGCAACCAAUUGCACCGCAGAACACCUACAUCCCACCCGCACCACCGCCAGCUCAAGGCUAUAGCUACCCAGCUCCAGCACCAAUUCACGAAGCUGUUCAAUCGCAACCAAUUGCACCGCAGAACACCUACAUCCCACCCGCACCACCAGCCCCAGCACCAGCGCCAGCACAGGGCUACAGCUACCCAGCUCCGGCACCAAUUCAUGAAGCUGUUCAAUCGCAACCAAUUGCACCCCAAAACAUCUACAUCCCACCCGCACCACCAGCACCUGCACCAGCGCCAGCACAGGGCUACAGCUACCCAGCUCCAGCACCAAUUCAUGAAGCUGUUCAAUCGCAACCAAUUGCACCCCAAAACACCUACAUCCCACCUUCAGCGUCGCUCGGUCAAGAUGGCUACCGUUACAAGACCGUCCGUCGUGUUGUCUACAGACGUCGUUUCUAAA